GUCUCUCUCUCUCCUUUGUUUGUCAAUGCAAAGAUCUCUCCCCCGCUCUCUCUCUCUAGAAAAAUCCUUCUCCCUCCACUUUGAAACCCCUCGGUCUCUUCCUUCCACUACCAUGCUCCCUCUGCACUUGAAUUUUCAUACCUGGGUUUCCUUGUAAAAUGCCCCCACUAGUUAAAAAUGCCACCUUUAUAAAAUCACUUAAUCUCUCCCAAAUCUCUCCGCCUAGCUUGUGUUUAUCCAUUUCUUGCUUACUUUCUUUAUUUUGGAUGUUUGCAGCGUAGUUUCUGGACUCUAUUCCCAACCAAUACUUACAUAUGUGAUUUACAGCUUGUUUCAUUUAUAGCAAAAACGUUUCUUUCUCCCUUUAAGUAAAAACAAAACAACUUUAUUUGUCUCUUCUUGCUUAAUUUAGUUCAUCUUCUUGACGCUGAUAUCACUUGUAACUGUUACUCACCAGCUGCACAAUAUGCAUUUAAGAUGAAAAAAACCCCCUAGCCCCACUGCCCACUGUUUUCUAUUUUUCUGUGGCUGCUUAUUGAGUACUAAUAUAUAUACACACACACAUCUUUGUAUAAUUGUAUGUGUUUCUUGGAGCUGGGAAUUGGGUUUGUGGUUUUUGUGUGUUUGAUUUGAAGAAAUUGUGAUUUAGUUUAGAUGGACAUGGCUGUAUCUAAUAGGGAUAGUAAUGGUGGUAGUAUUACUAAGCAUUUGGAUAAUGGGAAAUAUGUUAGAUACACAGCUGAGCAAGUUGAAGCUCUUGAAAGGGUUUAUAUGGAGUGUCCCAAGCCAAGCUCGUUGCGGCGCCAGCAGUUGAUCCGGGAGUGUCCUAGAUUAGCUAAUAUUGAACCAAAGCAGAUCAAAGUUUGGUUUCAGAAUCGAAGGUGUCGGGAGAAGCAGAGGAAAGAGUCUUCCCGACUCCAAACAGUCAAUAGAAAAUUAAGUGCUAUGAACAAGCUACUGAUGGAGGAAAAUGAUCGAUUGCAGAAACAGGUUUCUCAGCUUGUAUGUGAAAAUGGAUACAUGCGGCAAACAUUGCAAAAUGUACCAACGGUAACUACAGAUGUCAGUUGUGAGUCUGUGGUCACUGCUCCGCAACAUUCUCUUAGAGACGCAAACAAUCCUGCUGGACUCCUGUCUGUUGCAGAGGAGACCUUAUCAGAGUUCCUUUCAAAGGCUACCGGAACUGCUGUCGAUUGGGUCCAGAUGCCUGGGAUGAAGCCUGGUCCGGAUUCAGUUGGGAUAUUUGCUAUUUCACAUAGUUGCAAUGGAGUGGCAGCUAGAGCCUGUGGUUUAGUAAGUUUAGAGCCUGCAAAGAUUGUGGAAAUCCUCAAAGAUCGUCCAGCAUGGUCCCGUGACUGUCGGAGGCUUGAAGUAUUCAGUAUGUUACCGUCUGGGAACGGAGGAACAAUUGAACUUGUAUACACACAGAUGUAUGCUCCGACCACACUGGCCCCUGCACGGGAUUUUUGGACCCUCAGAUACACCACAAGUUUAGAUAAUGGGAGCAUCGUGGUUUGUGAAAGAUCAGUUUCUGGGUCUGGCGCUGGCCCAAAUGCAGCAGCUUCUGCUCAGUUCGUAAGGGGUGAAAUGCUUCCGAGUGGUUAUUUGGUUCGACCAUGUGAUGGUGGAGGAUCAAUAAUUCAUAUAGUUGAUCACCUGAAUCUUGAGGCCUGGACUGUGCCAGAGGUACUGCGUCCACUUUAUGAAUCUUCAAAAGUGGUGGCACAGAAGAUUACAAUUGCUGCGUUGCGCUAUAUAAGGCAAGUAGCUCAGGAGAACAAUGGUGAGGUGAUAUAUGGUCUGGGUAGGCAACCAGCUGUCCUUCGGACUUUUAGCCAACGAUUAAGCAGAGGAUUCAAUGAUGCUAUCAAUGGGUUCAGUGAUGAUGGCUGGUCAGUGAUGAAUUGUGAAGGUUCUGAAGAUGUGAUUGUUGCAGAGAAUUCACUGAAAAAUCUAUUCAGUACUUCUAAUCAAUCUCAUUCGAUCUCCAUGGUCGGAGGUGUUCUCUGUGCAAAAGCAUCUAUGCUACUCCAGAAUGUCCCUCCCGCGGUGCUAGUACGCUUUCUAAGAGAGCAUCGAUCAGAGUGGGCCGACUUUAGCAUUGAUGCAUAUUCUGCUGCUUCGCUAAAAGGUAGCUCAUAUGCAUAUCCUGAAAUGAGGCCAACACGGUUUACAGGAAGCCAAAUUAUCAUGCCUCUUGGUCAAACAAUUGAACAUGAAGAGAUGCUUGAAGUGAUCCGGCUCGAAGGUUAUCCUCUUAGUCAAGAAGAUGCCUUUAUGUCAAGGGACAUCCAUCUCUUACAGCUAUGUAGCGGAGUCGAUGAAAGUGCCGUGGGAGCCUGCUCUGAACUUGUUUUCGCUCCAAUUGAUGAAAUGUUUCCUGAUGAUGCUCCCCUGCUACCUUCUGGUUUUCGCAUCAUUCCUCUUGAUUCAAAAUCAGGUGAUGUGCAGGACAGUUUAACAACAAAUCGCACGCUGGACCUGGCAUCCAGUCUUGAAGUAGGUCCUGGAACUAACCAUAAUGCCGGUGACUCGUCAACGUGUUACAGUAUGCGAUCAGUGUUAACUAUCGCAUUUCAGUUUCCAUAUGAGAACCAUCAAGCAGAUAGUGUUGCUACAAUGGCUCGGCAGUAUGUCCGUACUGUGGUCUCAUCUGUACAGAGGGUUGCCAUGGCCAUUUCUUCAUCAGGUACGAGCCCAGCAGCAGGUCCAAAGCUAUCUUCAGGUGCUCCAGAAGCUCAAACACUAGCCAACUGGAUCUGCCAAAGCCAUAGGUACCACUUGGGGACAGAUUUGUUUAGUUCUGAUUCUGUAGGCGGUGAUACCUUGUUAAAGAAUCUUUGGCAUCAUCAGGAUGCUAUUUUGUGCUGCUCGUUGAAGUCGUUGCCAGUCUUCAUAUUUGCUAAUCAGGCAGGUCUGGACAUGUUAGAGACCACCUUGGUGGCUUUACAAGACAUCACUCUAGAUAAUAUAUUUAAUGACACCGGUCGCAAGGCUUUGUAUUCAGAAUUUCCAAAGAUUAUGCAGCAGGGCUUUGCUUAUUUGCCGGGUGGUGUCUGCUUGUCAACAAUGGGACGCCAUGUCUCAUAUGAACAAGCCAUUGCUUGGAAGGUCCUUGCUGCAGAAGAAAAUACCGUCCAUUGCCUGGCCUUCUCCUUUGUGAACUGGUCUUUUGUGUGAUUAUUUGUAUAUUUAUUUUGAUGUUACAAGGCCAGAGCUCAAAGUUAGUGUUCGCAAACGGGGUAGCAAAAUGAAUUGUAAAGGAAGUUUUAUAACUGCAGGCAGUUUUUAGUCUGUUAAUUUUUGUUAUCAAGUAUGAGACCCGUCCAUAGUUGGGUAUGUCGGGAUGUGGGCAAUUUACAUUAGUGGUUUAUCAUUAUGUGGGAAUAGAGAUUAGGCGAGGUUCUGAUGAGUUGAAUUUAUUAGCUAAAAUGUUGAUUUUAUCGAUCUGAAUUAAUUUCAUACAGAAGUAGUGCAUGUUUGAUGAA